AUGACACCUCCCACCGCGUCUUUCAUCAACCCUGCCACUGCUGGACCCCAGCCGGGCAGCUUCAAGCUUAGCAAGGGUAGCUUGCACGCUUGCUCGACCACGGCCGCUCCGAAAUACGAGCAGUAUGUGCCUAUCAAAACGGGCGAGGAGCCUAUCGAAGAUUUCAACGGCCACUAUCGUUUUGCUGAAAUCAAGGAGUCGCAUACGUCGCGUGCGAUGACGGCGCGCUAUAUGGCGGACAUGAUGGACGCUGCAGUGUCGGACGUGGUGAUUAUCGGAGCUGGUUCGGCCGGUCUCACUUGCGCUUACACUUUGGCUAAGCAGCGGCCGGACUUGCGCAUCACGAUGCUCGAGGCUUCGGUAGCUCCCGGUGGAGGCGCCUGGUUGGGGGGCCAGCUGAUGAGCGGAAUGGUGAUCCGCAAGCCGGCGCACAACUUGCUCGUCGAGAUCGGCGUUCCGUUUGACGACGAGGGAAGCUACGUGGUGGUCAAGCACGCUGCUCUGUUCACUUCGACGCUCAUGAGCAAGCUGCUGGCGAUGGACAAUGUCAAGCUCUUCAACGCUACUUGCUGUGAAGAUCUGAUCAUCAAGAAGGACCAGACGGGCGCACAGAGGGUCAACGGCGUCGUGACCAACUGGACGCUCGUCACAAUGGCACAUGGUCUUCAGUCGUGCAUGGACCCUCAGACCAUCACCGCGCCUGUCGUCAUCGGCGCGUGCGGUCACGACGGACCGUUUGGCGCAUUCAGCGUCAAGCGUCUCAGUUCAGCGGGUCUAAUCAAGCUCGGUGACAUGCGUCCAAUGGACAUGAACAAGUCGGAAGGCCUGAUCGUCAACAACACGCGAGAAGUGUUCCCAGGCCUGAUCGUAUCCGGUAUGGAGCUGUCUGAACACGACGGCCACCCGCGCAUGGGCGCUUCGUUCGGAGGCAUGAUCGGGUCCGGCCAAAAAGCCGCGUACGAAGCCAUUAAGCUGUACGACAGCCUCGAGAUCGACGACGGCGAGGUAGUCGGUCUCAAGCACUGA